ACCUCAGCCCCGCCCCGCCCGGCGCAUGGCGGCUAUGGCGGGCCCCGCGCGGCCGCUGCAGCUGACGCUGGCGCUGCUCAAGCCGGACGCGGUGGCCCAUCCGCUCGUGCGCGAGGCCGUGCACGCCGCCAUCCUCCGUCACCGGUUCCUCAUCGUGCGCGCCAAGGAGCUGCGGUGCGGCGCGGAGCAGAGCCGCCGCUUCUACCGGGAGCACGCAGGGCGUUUCUUCUACCGGCGGCUGGUGGAGUUCAUGGCCAGUGGUCCCAUGUGGGCUUACAUCCUGGCCCAUGAGAAUGCUGUCCCUCUCUGGAGAUCCGUGAUGGGGCCCACCAAAGUGUUCCGAGCCCGACACAGCCACCCAGACUCCAUCCGAGGUGCCUACGGCCUUACAGACACCAGGAACACCACCCAUGGCUCAGACUCACCUGCCUCAGCCAGCAGAGAAAUUGCCUUUUUCUUCCCCGAGUUCGACAAGCGGCGCUGGUACGAGCAGGAUGAGCCCCAGCUGCGGCGCGGGCAGCUGAUCUACAGCGCCGAGGAGUGCGUGCACCGCGUGCUGCGGGCACAGCAGGCACAGUCCCAGAUGCUUGGGCUGGGGAAGGUGUGCUGUGCUGUGCUUGGGGCAGGAAAGCUGAGCCGGGAUUCGCCAGAGCCCUGGUACAUCACAGAGCCAAGGCAGGGGUUCCAGGUACAGACCCCGGGAUCUGCAGGGCAUCACUGCUGUCCCUGUCCUCAGCAGUGUCCAGAGUGGAUCUGCUCAGGAUCCUGUGUGUCUUCACACGGGUCUGAGAGCUGCUGUCCCCAGUGCUGUUGAUACUUUAUUGAUAUUUUGUCAGAUGUUUUAUUGAUUCCUGGGUUUUGCUCAGAUCUGUGUGAGUUUCUUUUAGCUAUUAAACUUUACUAUUUUUCACCUUU